GAGAUCAAGUUGAUCGCAGUACGAGAGAUCUCGAUGCUUUAACGAAAAUGUCAAUGUCAAAGUGAUUGUAUCAAUUGAAACUAACAAAUUUCAAGCCCAAAAUUUUUUACAAAUUUAAUCUUUGAAGUCACCUUUAAACCCAUUUGGGUUAAGAAAAAUGGUGGUAGGCGCUGCAGAGGCCGUGUGCAACGAUAUAGUUUUCCUCGUUGAGGGGACUGCGGCUUGUGGGGCUUACAUGAACGAGAUUAAAAUGAACUACAUUUGUCAAACAGUAGAAUAUUUUAAUGGAGGACCAAUUGUAGAGGACAGGGAUUGUGGCUCUGAGACAUUUGCUACCUUGUACUCGUUGGUUGUCUAUCACUCUUCGGACUGCUUGCCAGCUGAUAUGGUUGAUGUUUAUGGCCCUUUCAGAAAUCCCCACAAAUUUCUACAGCUUUUGGACAAGCUAGAUUUUUCAGGAGGUCACGCUGAACAUAUGGCUUCAUUGACUGAAGGACUGGCUACCACUCUUGAGUGCUUCAAAGAUCUAACAUUAUUACGAGAUCCUGGUUUGAAAGCACAGAAGUUUUGUAUUCUGAUAUGCAAUUCUCCACCUUACAACCUGCCAGUCAUGGAUCUCCCAAGCUUUAGGGGGUUAACCUUGGAACAAUUGGCAGUACUUGUGAAUGAGAAUAAUAUUCAGCUAAGCAUAAUCAGUCCAAGAAGAAUUCCUACUUGGAUAAAUUUGUUUGAUAAAGCUGGUGGAGACUCUAUGGCAGCAAGUUCAAAGCAUUAUGCUAAAGACUUGCGUCAUUUGGUUAUGUUGAAUGGAUUCUGCUUACAGGAAUCAACUGUUAGCCAGCCUCCUAUACCUAACAUUCCUAUUCCAACUGUGCCAACUAGUCCACAGGGUCUAAGUCCAAGCCAACAACAAACUAUUCGACCAACACAGAAUGUUGUGGUUCGACCACCUCAGCCACAGAAUCAACCGCAACAAAGACCUCCAGUCCCGUUUGGAAUUAAUGUCACUGGACCUACGUCUGCGCCUAAUGUCACGAUUGUUAAUACGGUACCUCCUAUGAUGGCUGCAGAUGGUGGAGUUCGCAUUCGGGCACCUAAUCCACGAUGGACAAGUCCAAAUCAAGGACAGCAAUUGCCAAAUCAACAGCAAACACAGCAAACCUUGCCGGCACAAAUGCAAGCCACAAAUCAAGUGCGCCAACCGUCUCAAAUUCAAAUGCCGCAAGCAAUGCAAAAUCCUCUUCAGCAGCAGCAACAACAGCAGCAGCAGCAACAACAACAGCAGCAGCAGCAACAACAAGCUAUGCUUCAAAAUCAGCAACAAGUCCCUCAAGUGUUGAAUCAAAAUGUUUUACCAAGCAACCAGAAUCCACUCCAGAGUUCUGUUCUCCAACAUCAACAGCCGAUGACGAUGCCGAUGUCAGCCAACCCCAUUCAACAGGCCCAAGCUCAAGUCCAACUUCAAGUGCCACAACAAUCACAGACUGCUGGCCAAAUGAUCAUCAAUCCCCAACAGCAACAAUUACAACAACAGAACGUCCGGGCUUCAUUUGUUGGUCCACAGAAUUUAGUAAAUCAGUUGAAUCAAGGGCAAGCACCGAAUGCCGGACAAAUGGUCAAUGUGAACCAACAAAUGCUGAAUCAACAGCAACAGCAACAGUUAGCUGCUCGGAAACUAGCGAUGGAACAACAGCAACUGCAACAGCAACAACAGCAGCAGCAGCAACAACAACAGCAGCAGCAGCAGCAACCACAGCAAUCACAACCGCAAAAUCUAAAUUUUUCGAUAAAUCCAGCCAACCCCAACUUAGGGAUGCAGCAGAAUAUUCCUCAGCAAAUGCAACAGCAACAACCUCAAUCUCAACAGAUCAAUGUUCCUGUAGCAGCUGCACCUGGAAUCAUCCAACAACAAGCUGCUCCUGUGGCUGGUGCUGCUCCAGCAAAUCCUGCUCGCGAAAGACAAGUUAUUUGGCAGGGUGUCCUGGAGUGGCAAGAGAAGACUCGUGAUCCGCAAAAACUUCCUCGCCAUGUCCCUUGUCAGGUUUCGGCAACCGUCACCAAUGGCGAGAGUGAAGUGAAAGCAGAACACUGGCCGCAAAAGCUUCUAAUGCAGCUAAUACCUAAAACAUUAAUAAGUAAUUUUGGCGGCGCUCACUUCCGGAAUGCGCGUUCUGUGAUGUUCCAUCCUCAGGAAUGUGAGGCAUUAGAAGCUCUAGCUAAAGUGAUGUCAACUGGAUAUGCUGGUUGUGUCCACUUCACAGGGAUGGUUAAUCCAAAUGCUUGUGAGAUUAAAGUGUUGAUGCUGCUUUACAGUCCAGACAAGAAAGCGUACAUUGGCUUUAUACCAAACGAUCAAGCAGGAUUUGUCGAUCGGAUUCGCAAGGUUAUACAACAGCAAAAAAGCAAACAAGUACAGCAGCCACCUGGUCCCGGACAAGCAGGUCCAAAUCCAAAUAUUCCUCAGCAGGCCGGGCAAAACAUAUUGGUGACGCAGACUAAUCCAUUGUCGAUGGGAGGUGGUCAAAUGAGCGCAGCACCUCAACCUCAGCAGCAGCAACAGCAACAGAUGCAACAACAGCCUCAAAUGAUGGGCAACCCUCAACAACCAGCGAUGGCUGCUCCUACUCCAAUGACUAAUCCGGUACGAGGAGCGGCUCCUCCAACUCCUGCUCAACUUGUAGCUGAGAGACAACAAAACUUGAUGACCAUUAAGCAGUUGCAGCAGACACUAGAAGCGGCCCAACAGAAGGAUAUUCAUCUCAAGGCACUGGAGCAACAACAACGCCGUGCACAGCUGUUGAUGCAACAGCAGCAACUAAUGAAUCAGCAACCAAUGGGUCAGCAACAGCCAAUGGGCCAACAACAACAAAUGGCAGGACAACAGAUUCAACAACAACUCCAGCAAUUACAGUCUCAACAACAAAUGCCUGUUCAGCAGAAAUUGCAACAACAACUACAACAGGCGCAGCAAAUGCAACAACAAAGAAAUAUUCGGCCAACCGCUGCGUUGCAGAAUAAUCCAGGAUUGCGUAAUCUUUUGCAACAACAGCAGUACCGUCCUCAAAUGAUGCAGCCAAACACACAAAACCGUAUGCAACAGCCAAACAUGCAACAACCACAGCAGCAGCAGCAGCAACAGCAACAAAACAGUGGUGGAAGUCAGUUUGAUAAUCUUAGCUUAGCUGAUUUACUGUGAUGUUAAUAAUGUAUCUAAUGGCUAAUACAAAUUUUGUAAAAAAUAUCUUCACGAUGAAUGCAAAUGUUAAUGGAUUAAAAAUUUUAA